AUGUGUAUGGGUAUGGAUUCCCCCAAGGCCGAGGUCCGUGGUUCUUGUCUUCUUCGCUGCGAACGAACCCUAGCCAGAGUAGCUGUUGCAGUGAAGCUCAUGCCAACGCGCAACGCGCGGCCUCAGCGUCUCGUCGUCGUCGAGGUCCGUGCUCACCGCCAACAGAUAGAUGAAGAGGCAAGUAAGUAUUUUCCAAGGAUGUUGAAGGGGUAUCAGAGAAGUCUGUCAUUAUCAGACUUCAGGAACUGGUGCAUUCUCUUGUCAUCAAUGAGGAAAUUCCUUGGAAAUUUGUUGAUGCCACCUGAUUCAGGCAGAUCAGGGUUUGAAGUACCAGUGCUUCAUUAUCCUGAAAACGUCUCCACUAAUUUGCUACUUCUGAAUAAAGUGUAUGCCUGGCAUAUCAGAGGAGGUUUUUCCCAACAUGAGGUGCAAGAAUGGAAGCUUUUAUAUCGUAGUUCUCUUCAUGGACAAAGCUUCAACACUUUCUUAGGCAAAGUAACUUAUUUUCUUAGACUGCAUAGUGGCCACAUUGGUGCUAAUAAUGUGCACAAGCUUGAAUGGAGAUGUACAGACUGUCUGAUUGUUAAAGAUACAGAAGGAUCAGUUUAUGGUCGAUUUGCAUCCCAGCCUUGGGAAUGGCACAGCGAUUUUUAUGGUGACAUGAAGACAUUCCUCUUCAAGUUAUAUCCUCAAGCAUCCAUUUUCCGGCCUACAGGAGCAAACAAAAAUUUGCAAUGGCGUGCUAUAAACUUUAGCUCUGAGAACAUACCUAAUGGUAUGGGUUUUGGAGGGCAGCCACACCAUUUCGGACUCUUUUUAUCUGCAAAUUUCGAUCAAGGGCACUCAUUUACUUGUAGCACGUUUACCAGCCCUCCCCUUUCCAAGAUUGAUUUUUAUAACACUGAAAUUUCUGUUUGA